CCGCCGCGGUCGUGACUCGUCCGUGACGUCAACCAUCCGGCCGCCGCCGUCUCCGCACCUCUCGGAGGAUCUGCGCCCAUUCUCCAAGUACAAGCCAGUUGCCGUGGUCUACGGUGGUUCGGUGUUCGCCGUCAAGGCUUGUCGGUCAAGUCAAUUGUUACAACUGCACUUCGCCACUAGCAUCCGUACACACACACACACGCGCGCACACACACUCGCACCUCAAAAGGUUCGGCUGAACCCAAAGUGAGCGAGCGGGCGUUCGCGCGCACCACUUUUUGCGUUCGCAAACCAAAAACUGGAACGACUAUAUAGUCGGGUUUCGUCGUCGUCAUCCGUUCGUUGCCCGUCGACGUCGUCGUCGCCAUCAAUCACCGUUAUCUUCAUCAUCGUCGCAAGCGUCAUCUGUUAUACAGUUGGCCGCUGUUGGACCGGGUUCGCUUGUUACUGAUUUCUAUAUAUUUAUUUUUUAUUAACUGUAUUCUAACCACUGUGUUUUCUGGUAGAUUCAAUUGUAUUGAAUAGUUCAACGUUUGGAAUUGUUUUGUGUGCGACGUCAUCGGUCCCGGUCUCUUCCGAUAACCUGCCAACGAGAAUGUCUGUAAUCAUGGAUGACGAAAUUGAUUGCGCUCAUAUCGCAGAGUAUGCGAUAAACGUUAAAAUCGAUGUUGAUGAAAUGAGAGCCACCCUGACCAAGAGGAGUUGUAAUGGUGAGACUAUGCCACUUAUAGAUAUUAAAAUACAGAAAUCCAUCAAUAUGUAGGUACUUAGUUAUGGCUUUUCAACAGUUCUGUAUUUUUAUAAUUUGGGUAUUACUUUUAAUUUCUCCAUUCGUAAUAUGAUUUCGGGUGUUUAUUAGUUUUGUAAUUGUAAGAAACUUGCUGGUUGCAACUGGGUUUGGUUUAUUCGCACGUAAGUAUAGGUUAUAACAACUAGGUAUGUUAUACUAUGUCAAGUACUCUUUUGUUGAGGGAGGUUUGGCAGCAGGUGGGUAUAUUUUUUUGUUAGUAAAUCCAUAUUAAAUACUUGCAUGACACUUAACACUCAUUUACCGAAUACUCGGUUCUAACUGUUAAAAUCAAUAAAUAUAAUUUUAUUUUUAUUAUCACAUUAUUUUAGAGGACGUCACAUGUAUAUCUGUUGUCCUUGACUUUCAAAUGCAUUUUUUAGUUGUCUUCUCUACUUCCAAUAAUGUGAGCUCUGCGUUAAUGUUGCACUAUUUAACAUUUGUAUUAAGUAAAGAAAAUAUAAUAAUAAUAGUGCAAGUAUUUUUAUAUGUUUAUAUUUUGGAGUUUAUUAUGAAUACAUAGUUACCUAUAAAUUAUUACUGACGUAUAUAUUUAAAAUAAUCUUUGAUAAAAUAAAGAUAUUUUUAGAAAAUAUUUUGUAAUAAGGAAUAUGUAAAUAAAUUUUAACAAAACUUACUCACAUUAUUGGAAAGUUAGGUUAGGCAACAAUUUUAGUACAAUACACGAAUGUAAGACAAGGUAAAUUAUAAAUGUGGGUAUCCUUUCUUUGAGAAUAGGCUUUUAUAAAGAUAAAUGUUAUGAGUUAAUUAAUAAGGGUAAAGUUUAUUUUAUUUUUAGUCACAAAUAUAAUUAAAUUCAAAUGACUUAAUAUUGUAUGAAAUUAAUGAUUUUAACAGUUUACUAUAACAAAUAUGUGUAGUGGUUCAUUAUUAAUUAUCAUUAUAUUUUAAAAUAGCCUGGAAUGGAUUAUUUCGAUACUAUUUUGCUCAUUCAAAGGCCAUUUUUAUCAAUUUUUUAAGUACUUAACAAAACUUUUGACUAACUUGGUAUUUGUAAUAUCUAAUGCGGGAUUUUUUAAAUUCUUAAAUACUUUCAAAUAUAUAUUUUGUUGAAGAGUGUGCUAGUAUGUGUGAUAGUUGUUGAAAAAAGUUUCAGUUAAGUUUGACAAACUAGUUGAGAAAUGUGAUAAUGUGUUAUUAGGUACAUGGUGCCAUGAUGUGUGUGUAUAAUUCAUUAUAUUCUGUUAUUGUUGCAAAUGGAUUAGUUGAUAUAUUUUCACAUAAAUUUGUAAUAAACUAUUAAAUUAUAUUGAAGAAAUAUACAUUAUCCAAGUAUUUUUAAACUUUAGUGAACAUUAUUUUUUCAUAAGAUAAUUUCAAAGAAUAUAAUAUUGUUUUUUUCUAUUAUAACUCGAUAAUUAUAACAAUUAAAAAAGAUUUAUUUUAUAUUAUAAUUAUUAAAUAAAAAUCUUGAUUUUUUUUUUUUUUUUAUUGAGCUUCCCAAGAGCAUUGUGAUAGUGUAAUGUUUAGUAUACAUAGUGAUAUGUAUAACAUUACAAAUAACAUUAUGAUAUGUAAUGUUUUUAUAAAAUAGAUGGGAUCAUUAGUUUUAUUUUUAAUAGUGAUUAAACAUUAACAAAUUUAGAUGGUUUAUGUAAAUAAGUUAUUGAUUCUAUGAAAGUAAUUAAAUUUACUAUUUGAUUAAUGAUUUUUUUCAACUAAAAAUAGAACUACACAUACAAUCAAAUUUGCCAUAGUUAAUCCUUGAUAAUCUCAGGUAACACACAAAAUGUUUUAGAUCCCAGCAUAUUUACAUCAUUCUUUAAUAAGACAUAACUCAGUUAUUAGUAAAAACAUUCAUUAGGUAAUCUUCUUUACGAUCACUCUUAAAUUCUUCCUCUUUUUGACCUUUUGAUUGUGUUAUCUAAUUUUAUUUGAUUUAGUUUUAUUCCUUACAUAUUUUUGUAAAAAUGUAACAGUAUAGUUUAAAUCUUCAAUAUAAUGUUUAAUUGUCUUUCAAAUAUUAACUGUUAAUAUACUAUUUAAUAAUUAUAAAAGCAAUUUAUCAAAUUGACAUACUGUUAAAAUAGAAUUGUUAAUGUUUAAUUGUUAUUGCAAUCAUUCUCACUAAAUUAUAAUUAUAAAUUAAUAAUUAUUAGGUACAUUAAAAUAUAUACUUUCAUAUUUAAGUGUUAGGAAAUUUUAAUAGUUGACAAUGAAAACAUUAUUGGUUUAUCCCUUUUAAAUAAUUUUGAAUUGCUUCUAGUUAACAGUUUGUGAAGAAUAUUGAAGGCAAUGGUUCUUUGUUCAAUAUAUUUUAUGAUAUUGAUUUGGCCAUUGUUUUAUUAAUCCAUUUAGAUAAUUUAAGCAAAUACUUCAAAGAUGACAUUUAUCACUAAUGUCUUUGUUUAGCAAAUGAGAAAUUAUUUUAUACCAUUAUUGUCUAUAUUGUCUGUUAGAUAAACAUGGUAAGGUAGGUACUUAUAAUGUCUACCAUUGUUAGAUUGCAACCUCAAUUUUGGUUCAAUGUUCUUUUUCAUGAAUAUUUGUAGAUUUGUAUACAGUGUUUACUUGUUUUAAUUUAUAUAGUUUAAGGCGAUUGAUUGAUUUUUUUGAGUUUUCCAUGCUAUUUAAUCAUUAGCUGUAUAAUGAGUAAUCUAUAUUCUUGAUAAUGUUAAUUGUAUGUUUCUAAUUUAGUUGAUUUUAGGAGAGAGGAAAGGAGCUAUUGUUUUAACAGCAGUAUAUUUAUUUUUAUAUUAAAGCUUAGGGUUGAUUAUUAUUCAAAUACAAUUGAUUUAUAUUUAUUUUCACAAUUUAUGUAUACAAGUUGUAUAAUAGUAACAAUUUUUGUAUGAGUGUAUGAGUGUAUGACUGAGUGAAAGUUUCCAUUUUAGAGAGUUCAAUAAGGACAUUUUUUAAAAUACAUGAAAUAAAUUAUUAAUGUGCCUGCUUUUUUCAAACUAUUUCAGCUUUUAAGGCCAUGAUCUUUCAUUUGAUUUAUUAUUAAAAUAUGUUAUUCAGUUGUUUAUAUUUUUGUUGUGAAUUGUUUCCUUUUAUUAUUAUCUUCUCUAGAUUAGAGAUAUGUGAGAAUUCAAAUCUGUUUUCAGAAUUCUUAUUACAUAAUUGGAUCAAUUCCAAAAAUGGAUAAUGAUGGCAAACAGAUAAUCAAAAAUUUGACUAAAAUUGCAUUUCUUUCAAUACUAAUAUUCAUAAAUUUAUGUUAAUAAAAUCUGUUAAGAAAUAGGUAUUUUCAGGUUUGGUAGCAAGUAAAUAAUUAAUUUGAGAAAUUUUUAGUAGGCACUAAUCACACAUAUUACCUAAUUAUUAUUUUUAUCAUCAAUUAUCAUGUAUACUUUUAUAUGUUAUAUCUAUGUUAUGUAUUUUAUAUUAUUACACGUGAGUGUAGAUAAAAUAAAGGUAAAGUUAAUUAGAGUGCCACAAAAAGAACUGAUACUGGGGAUAGGAGCGGCCACUGUUAUAGAUGAGAAGUAGGGAAGGUAGGAUAUAUAAGGUUAUUUCAUUUAAAUCUGUAAGCAACGAUAAACCAUUGCUUGAUGACGAAAGUCAGUUCCAAACUCAGUUCAGAAAUACAUAGUUUUCGUAAUUUUCGUUUAAAUUUGAUUUCAAAAUGCUUAUUAAAAAAAAAAGUUGUCCGAUGAUUUUAGAAAUUUUAUCACGUCUAGGUAAGUCCAAUGUAAGUAUUAUUACCAAGUUUCAAGUCUAUGUGUAUUUAUUACCGAAUUAAAGUAAAAAAAAAAUUCCUUAAAAGCUCAAAAGUGACUCAAAAGUUUUGGCGAUGAUACCGUUAAAAAGUAAAUCAAAAACGCAACAAAAAAGGGUCUUGUGAUUUUCGAUUAAAUCAUUUUUUUUUUUGUAGAAAACCUGUCCGUGUUUGUAUAAAAUAAUGAAAUCAUGAAAUUGUAUGUUCCUACGUUUUUUCCCAUUUAAGUGUUUUUUUAUUUAAAAAAUGAAGUCGAAAAUCAAAAAAUGAUCUUUCUAAAGUAUAAUCUAGACAACUUGAGCUUUUAGAAAAAUAACUACAUGUUAAAAUCAAAGCAAGUUCACUAGAAAAAAAUGUGUCCAGAGACUAGAACAAUAAGAAGAAGAAAUAAAUGACAUUGUAAAAUCAUUAGCUUCCUCACUACGCUUGGAAUCUAAAAUGUUAUGUUAUAAGGUCCAUUGAAAAUAUAAUACAAAUUUACUGAUACAGUUUAUUAUAAUGUAUUGUACAGUAUAUAAUAGUAUGCAAUACUAUAUCUUGUAUAAUAGUGUAUAAUUAUAUAAUUAAUUGAGUUCUCAUUGUUUAAUAAAUGAAAAGGAAAGAUAUUGGAAGGAUAUAUAAUGUUGAAGUGGAUGUUUGAAGUAAUUAUGUUAUUACAUGCAAUUUUGAUUAAUUUUGAUUACUAUAAUAAACAGUAAUUUUUUGAUAAGAAAUCAAUUAUCAAUAAACUUAUUACUGGAGACUGGUGUACAUUAUUGUAAGAUGAAUAUUGGGAUGGUAGUAUACAUAAAGUUAUUUUAUUUAUACCUGUUAGAAACUAUUGUUGCUAAACCAUUAUACAUAUUUUGAAUUGCCGUAAUAUUUAUGAUUUUCGUUAAGGUUUGAUUUUAAAAUUCUUAUAAAAAAAAGUACUAUGUAACACUAUAUUUUUUUUUUUUAACUGCAAAGUACAACUAACCUAUUAAAUUUUCAAUAAUUUUCGUUUAGUCAGUUUAAUCCAUAGAGUACCUACCAAAUAAAAAUUAUGUAAAAAAACUCUUAAAAUUAAAAUAUCAAUAAAUAGCUCAAAAUAAUUUUAAAUUUUUUGAAAAUUGUAUAUCUAGAAAAGGGAAUUAUAAGUUUUCUGUCUAAAUUUCAAGCCUACAAAUAUAUUUAAGUUUUUUCUGAUUUUGUUCAAUAAUUAAAAAAAAUAACUGGGAAAAUCAAAAAGCAACUUUCUUAUUUACUAACUCCAUUUUAAAUUCAAUAAAAAUGGUUUAGUUGUUUUUUUUAUCUAAGCAGUAUUUCUGGUAGAAAACAUAAACUACACAAUUUUACAGUAGAUGAAUCAUAACACCAUAGGCGCAAAUAAGGGGGGGACUUACCCCUAACCACAAAAUUAAUGAUUUCACUACUUAAUGAUUUAGAACAUAUCAUAACAGUAAAGGAGAGCAUAAGAAUAAAAACAAAAAUAAUCAGAUUUACUGUUAUUAUUCAUGAACAGUAAAUAUGAUAUUAGUGUUAUGUGUAAGAAAAUUUCUAGAAAAAUAUUCUUUAUUUAAAUCUGUUCAAAAGAGGGUGUUCCUAUUAAAAUAUCAAAAGUAUACUUAUUUAGGCUAUAUGGAGUAUAGGUAAAAAAUUAAAAAUGGUUUUAAAAUAAAGCUUAAACGAUUCUACAAUGGUUCGUGAUAAAAAAAAUCUCACUGUAUAUCAAAGCAAGAUUUCUUUUCAAAAAGUUAUUUACAGGUAGAAAAAAAAAUUCAAAAACGCACAUCAUAGAAAAAUUAAUAGAUCCCGUGUUAUGUUGCAAAUUUAGAAAUAAAAUUAUUUAAGCUCUUGUUGAAACAAUAAAAAAAUGUAGGAAGUUAAUAUUACUUAUAAAAAAUUGAACAAAUUUUUGUUGGUACGUAUUAAAUAUUUAAAUGUGUGCAACUUGUUUGGGACUUUGAAGUCAUGAUUCAACUUACUCUAUUAAUAUUGAUUUGUAUUUGCAUAGUCGAAAAUUGUAUACUUAUACAGUAGGUACCUCAUUAAGCACACAAACUCAAUAACUGUCUUAUCUUUACAAAUGGUGCAACAUAGUAACAUAGUAAAUUACAUUAUGUUUUUAGAAUUUAAAUUGUAGCCCUCAGGUUGAAAAAUGAUUUUAAACCAUGUAAUAAGAAAAUUUAAAGAAAAGAAUAUUUCUAAUGAUACCUUAGAGUUUUUUUCUUAAAAAAUUGUUAAAAAUAAAAUUAAAGUAAAUCGAGUAAGUUAUUUAAAUAAAUAGCUAACAUAGCUGUACAUUUUUAGAAUGAUUAACAUAUUUCCUCUUCAAAUGUAUUAUUUGUUUUAAAAGUUUAGACAUAUAUAAGUAUUUUUAGCAUGAACAUUACAAUUUAAAUUAUAAAUGGUUUAUGUAAUUUUGAUCAUUUGCCCAUUAGUUGAACUGAAACAUGAAACAGUGAAUCUAGAUGUAGCGUCCUCUUAUGUAUAUUAAUAUUGAUUAUAUUUUGAACAAAAUACAUAUCAUUAUAAAUGUUCUAUUUACUAAAUGGCAACCAAUUAAUUAGAAUUUUGAUUCAAAAUGUGAAUAAACAUUUACAUUUGUAUUAAAUGUAUUUUAUAUAUUUUUUGCAUGAUAAAAUAUUAUGUAAAAGUUUAUCAUUAUUGUACUAAGAUAUAUUAAAACUAUUUAUUAUACUAUUAUAAUAAUCCUUCUUUAAAUUUUAAGUGGUAACACUUUAAAACUCAAUAUUUUUUAAAAUAAUAAUAUAAUUAAAACUUUUUUUGUUUAGGUGUGUACUCUAUCCUAUUCCAAAAACUUUACAAGUAACUUAAAUAAUUGAUUACUUUCAUUGUUAUAAUUCAAACUACUGAUAACAAUUAAAUAUGCAUUGAUAUGUAUAAUUGCAAUGUUAAAUUAAAUUUCAUUAAAAAGUUGAUAAUAUAGUAGCAAUGGUUUUGUUUAAUUAAAAAACAUUUAGUUGAACUCUUUUGGAAUACAUGUUAUAAUAUAUUUUAUGAAUACAGCACAAUGAAGUAGUUACACAGAGGGUAAAUUAGACUAUAAUAUUUGGUUAUCUCGUUUAUAUUAUCAUCCUACACAUUUUAAAUUUGGAAUGGAUAAAAAAAUAAUGUCAAGAGUGUAUCGAGGAUAUCAUAAUUUAAAUAUCUUUCCUGGUUAUUUUAGUACAGUUGUUAAUGUUGUGUUAUUUAUAGAUAAAUUAUAAAUCUUCUAAAAUUAUUCCGUUAAGUGCUUCAUAUUUGAAGGUUGCAUUGUAAUAAUAUCAUAAACAAUUUUUUAUUUGCAUGUUUUUUAUGUAUCUAUCUUAUCUUUUAUUAUUUAAGAAGUAAAUAUGUUUUAAGGGGUGCUGGAUAUAAUAAGUAUUUAUUUUAUAUAAAUACUUAAAUUUACUACUUUAAUAUAAGUUAACAUGUUUUUAAAUACUUUUCUUUCCUCUUUGCAUAAUAUUAAGUAAUAUUAUGUAGUAUGUAUUGUGAUUAUAUUUUAUAUUGGCUAUGUUAAGACUAUUUAGUAUGUUUAAAAUAAACUUUAAAGUAUUGACAAAUAGUAAAAAUUAUUUGACAAAUAUAGAAAGUAUUCAAAUUAAAAGACAAAAUAUUAAAAUAUUAUUAAGAGUUAUAUUAAUUUCUACUUUGCAUUUAGAAACAAAUUGCAACAAAAUUCAAGUCCUGAAUAGUUUUCUGAAAAUUAACAGUCUAUCUAAAAUUUAGUUUAAGCUUAAGAUGAAAAUUUCACAACUUGAAUAAUUAAUACAUUUUUGACCCUAAUUUUAAAGCAGGAAUAUUCUUUAGACAAACUGGUAACCCAUGUGAAAAAAACUCCAUUGUACAUACUAGCCUAUAUAAUCUAACAGUCAUUUUUGUUCAUUUAAGCAAAUAAUUUACUCUGCUUUCUUUUUUUGUUAGAUAUGUUCUGUGGUUCUUUAACAAUUUAAAUUUUGUAAAGUAACAAUAAUUAAAAUAUCUUGCUUUACUGUUUGAUUUGUAGAAGGCAUAUUUUUCCCAAACACUUUAACUUUGCUUCUACUAUCAAAUAAUCUCCUUUAAUCUCUUUUUACGUAUUUCAUGUUAUUUUAUUAAUUUGUGUUAAUUUAAACCGAUAUUAGGUAGGUAUUUUUUGUUUUUAACUGAAACAGAUUGUAAUAUGUUUUUUACAAAAGAUACCAUAACAGUCUCAUCUUGUCUAUGCUAUUCAGAUUUUAGAUUCAAAGCGAAUCAAAGAAUGUAUUGGUUUUACGAGAAUGUUAAUUUUCUAUAUAUUGUACAAAAAAAAUCAAUUAGAAGCAAAUUCCCAGAGCUCAGGGGUCUCUGAUAAUUCUGAAAUUACUAAGAAUAAUUGCAAAUUUUGAUGUAUUUAUUAAUGGAUAUUUUAAAUCUUAUGUGGUAAUGCCAGUCAUAAUUAGUAUUUAAAUAGACUAAUAGUACACACAAUAAUAUACAAUUAACGGUGUUCGUUCUACUGAUAGUUAUAAUUUGUCAAAUUCUUUCAUAAUUGUAUUUGAAAUUAUAGUUAUUUAUUAAAUACAUUUAUAAACUGAGAACUUUGGGAGCUUGCAGAAUGGGUUUUCCUAACUACCUUUAAAAAGAUAAACUUAAAACAAAAUUUCAAUACAGCAGUUUAUAAUUUAUUAAUACCAAGGUUUAUAGGAUACCAAUUAGUCACAUUAUUAUUCAAAAUUAUCUUCUUAUUGUCAUAUGUCAUUAGUAAUGGCUACAUUUAAUAUAACAACAAAAAUCUUCACUCCAUGUGCUAAAAAAAUAUUUGAAAUUAGAUACCUACCAAUAUUAACACAAUAUUUUCAAAUACACUUGGUUUUUAUGUAGGUAAAAAAUGUUAUAUUUUCUUACUUAGUUGUUAGUUAUUUAACCUUGUUGGUAUUUGAUACUCUCCUUGACAAGAAAAAAAAAAAUCAAAUCGCAAUAACCAGGAAUAGAACUUUACAAUUUAUAGCAUUUCAAACCAUUAUAUUUUUCUUGGCACUCUAUGCAGUCAUUCAAAAUUGUAAUAGGUAAACCUGUGGGUUGAUAUAUAAGCAAUGACAUUUUUUCAUUUGAAAUAAAUAAUAUAUUUUCUAUUGGAAAUUAUUUUAAUUUAAAACAUGGACUCGAAUUUACUGAUUACUGUUUAGUGAAUAAUUUAGUUACUUUUCAUAUUUAAACUUUUUACUAACACCAAUGAUUUUGGGAUACAUGUAUGAUUUAUUAGUCGUCAUUAAACUAUUUAAAGACCUGAGAUCAAAUAUGUGGCAUAACCAUUUAGAGUUUAAAAAUAACAAAACAAAAAAUAAUAUUUUUUUCAUUUGUAUCUUUUUAAUUAAUUUAAGCACGUAUAGCACAUAGAUACCAUUUGAACUUCAAUUUGAAAUACAAAAUAUAAAAAAAAAAAAAUUUCCCUUAUUUUAACCAAUUUGCAUUGGUGUAUAAUAAUUUCAUAAAAUUAUAUAUUUGUUUUAUUUGUUAUAUGUCAAAUGGCAUUUACAGAUAUUAUUGCAGGUUGUAGGAUAUAAUAAAUACAGAAAAUAUAAAGGUAGUGCAUCUGCACUAUUAGAUUAGUGACUAGGGAAUAAAAAAGACUGACAUACUUAACAUGUGGGUACAGCCACUGUUGUAAGUGAGAAGUUUGGUAAGGUAGGAUACAGAUGGUAAUUUAAUGUAUAUCUGUAAGCAAAGAUAAACCAUUGCUAAAAACGAUUCUAAGUGGAGUUUAGUUAAGUGUUGUUUUUUCAUUAAAAUGUAUAUAACAUUAUGGUAAAAUAAUUAAAUAUAUAUUUUAUAUUUUUUUUAAUAAUAUUUGUUUAAUAUUGUACCUAUUUUCCCGUUUAUCCCAGUUUUCUCAUGUUUUUUCUUGAUUUUUCCCAUUUGUCAAGAAAACUGAAAAAAAAAAACGCGGGAAAAAGUAGGUCGUAAUAUCUUUUAACUAAUAGAUACUUACACCGUGAUUUUCCCUAUUUUUUUUUCAGUUUUUUACUUUUUAGGAGAAAACUUGAGAAAUCGAAGAAUGACUUCUAAAGUACCUUCCCAGUUUCGAUUUCCUUUCAGAAAAGCUGUUCACAGAAAAAAAAUAAAUAUCUUUGUAAAACCAUAAGCUUCUUCGCUACACUCAGAAUCUAAAACAACUAGAGAAAUAUGAUUUUAAAAAAAAACAUAGAAAAAGUUGCAUCCCAUUUACGAUUUACAUCAACUGAUUAAUAUGGGAAUUAUACAGAUAAUUUGAGAACAAAGUGGGCUCAAAAAGAGCGCUAUAGCUAGUUGAACAAUAAAUAACCCUGGAGUUUUAUUUCAGGAAAAAAAUAUGUUGAAUUAACCAAAUUGGAUGGGUAACACUUUGGUAGGGAAAGAGGUAUUAACCAGGUAAUGUUAAUUUGAAAGACUGGAUAAUCCAGAUACAUAAUCAUUGGAAGGGUAGGAGAUAUUUGAUGUUAAACUAAAAAUAUUAGAAAAACUUUCUUUAGACACACCUGAUCAUAAGGUUGUCAGCACAACUAUAGGUGGUCCCAAAUAAUAGAACCAUAAUCAAGCACGUGUAGGUUAAGUAACCAGGGAAUAACAGUAGAGAUUUAAUUGAGGUGGAGAACCUGAAUUCAAGCAUUAUAAAAGAUGAAUACAAAUUUAUAGUUUAACUGAACCUAUGAUCACCACCAUUUUAUUGAAAAUAAAAUCAUUCUAAAUUAUUUUAAAUAUCUACUUUGUAAGGUUUAAAGUGAUAUUUCAUUUAAUUGGUGUAUUACAGAACUUGAUUUAUUAAUCUAUAUUUUUUUUUCUAGUGACAUGAGUAUGCGAUUUUGAUAGUGAAUGUUCAUAUUAUAUAAAAUAUAAAUGUAUAUUUGCCUAAUAGGAAACCUUAUUGUAAACUAUAAUUUGUGUUUAUUAAAAAAUUUAAAUUAUAUAGGUAAAUAAUAAAACAAAAUGCAGAUAUAUAUAUGUUUCAAAUAAUUAUUUAAAGUUUUAAUAAAGAAGUGUUCUAAUAUUUAUUAUUCGCAUUAGAUAGGACAAUAUUUUGGGUAAAAUAUAAAUAACUAUUAUAUAAUUAUUUAGUAGGUAUCUUUUUCUCAAAACAAAUUUUAGUUAUUAAGUAAAGUGAUAUUUUAAUAUUUAGAUGAUGGGUACAAUGUAUGAUUGUUCUAAUUUUUAAAUUUUUAUAUAUUUUUUUUUUAGUUUGCGUACGUGUGGAUCACCUAUGGAUUUGUGUGGUGUGUAAGCAAAUCCUCUGUGGUAAAAAUGUGAUGGGCCAUAGUACUGCACACUAUGAUUAUCAUAAUACUCACUGUAUAUUCAUAAACAUCGAGUCUGCUGCAAUUUUCUGGUUAGUUGAAAAAAAAAUAAAAAUAUUUUUCUAUUUCCUGGUUUACAGAUGUAUUUCUAAGAAAAUAAUUGUACUGUCUUGAAAUAUUAUCAACGGGAAUCUUUUAAGUUACAUUUAUUUUUAAUUAUUCUAAAAAUGGCUUAUAUUGUACAAUAUUAUUAUUUUUUUGUUAUUUUUGAAGUUUUAAAUGUGGAACAGAAGUUGAACCAAAAAUUCAUGACGAUGAAUUGAAUCGCCUUAGACAAUUCAUCUUGUAUAAUCGUGGACCAAUUCCAAAUUAUAAUAAAAUAAGCAGGUAAUUAUUCUUUAUGUAUUAUUAAUAUAUGUUGUAAGUAAAUUAAGAUAUUGAAAAUAACCCGAUUCCAAGUGAAUAAAUAUUAUCUCAUUUGAUAAAUACAAUACAUUUUUUUACAAUUAAAUUAUUAGUUUUUAUUUUGAAUAGGUAAUUUUCCUGUAUAUUAUGUAACAUUAUCAAGUAGAUACUUUUGUAGUAAAUUAAGAUACUAUUGAUAAUUAACAGAUAUUUACUUUUAUUACAAAUUCUCAAUAUACUGUUUAUGGAAAUGAUACAUUUUUGUAUAAAAUCAUAGACUUAUAGACCUUCCUGAGCAAUAAUAUCUUUUGUGAGUAUCAUAAUAAUUUUGAGAAAAAUUACUUCUCCUGAAUUUUCUUGUUUUUUAAAUUAUUAUCAAUAUUAAACAAAAAUACUGUAUGUGAAUCCUCACAAUCACAAUUAUUCUAUCAAAGUGUGAAUGAGUGAUUAGUGACAGUUAUUAUAGAAGUUUCUGUACAUCACAUUCUAAAAAAAAAAAAAAAUGUGCUUAAUGGAGUUAUUAAGUUGUUUAGAUCCAAAUGAUCCAAUUUUACUGAUGAGGAGAGCAUAGGCACUAAUCGUACAUAUUACCUAAUUAUUAUUUUUUCCAUCAAUUAUCAUGUAUACUUUUAUAUGUUAUGGAUUAAGAAGAAAAUUCGUCAUUAUUAGAAACAUCUAAACAGUGUCCACUAUGUAUGAAAAUAUUUUUAUUUAUUUAUACAGCCCUUUUACAGUGUAAAAAUCUAUAUUUCUGACAUUUAGGAAUAAUUAUAAAUGUAUAAAAUAAAUUUAAUUAUCAAAUUACCAACUCAUCUAGAUACAGUAUGCUUUCGUAGUUCCAUAAGGUACUAUCAAUUUUUUUUUCCAUUUAUGAGGAUUAGAUUGUUUUCCAAACUUUUUCUAAUUUUGUACAAUUUUAAUAACAUGUUUUACAUUUAAUUACCACCUUAAUGAUUAGAAUGCCAAUAAUCUGCUGCCUGAUACCUAUUUAAAAGCAAAAGGUACCCCUAAUUUUAUAGAUCAAUAUGACAUUUAACCAAAAAGAUAGACACAACUGAAUAAACUGCUGGUUUAAUUCUUUAAAUGUAUUAUUUUUCUUUAUGUGCGUAGGUACAUGCUUUUCUCAUAGUUAUUAAUGUUCUUACCUAUUCAUUACAUUAUACUAGUAGGCAGGAAAAAGUAAAUAUUGGUAAUGGUUCACUGUUUUUGAACAUUAGCAAAAGUAAUCUGCUUUUAGUAGUACUCGUGUUACUAUACACAAAUAUAGUAUUGGUAUCGAUUAUUAUUAUUUUAAUUUAUCUUAAUAAUUAUUAUUAAAUUAAUGGCCACUCAAAAUAGAUUUACCAGACUGUAAAAACUUAGAAAUUCAUUCAAGGAUAUAUAUUGGUGAAAUUUAUACUUAUAACUUAGUUCAUAGCUAUGUCUACUGUUGUAACUUGUACUUUGGCCAGAAAUAAAUUGACAAUGUAUAUGUUGCCCUAAAACUGUUCAAAAUGUAUAAGAAAAUUUAGGACCAUUUUGUUUUUGUCUCUUUACCUCCAGGCAUUUCUUAUAAUAACCGAUUUUCUUAGUUUGUAACAUGUACACAAAAUUAUAUUUAAGAUUUUAUGUAUUUAUUUUGUAGACCAACAGCUAAAAAACCUUCAAGAUCAAAAAGGACUUCCUUUAAACGACGUAGGAGUAAUAAAAAAGUCAAUAUUGCUAUAACAGACAAAAGUGUUGCCACUGCGAUUCAGCAAGAACUUGGGUAAAUAUUGCCUAUAUUAAUAUAAUCAUUACGUUUAAAGUGUACAAUAUUAAGUAAAUAAUUUUUUAAAUUAAACAAAUUUCCUAAAUAUUAUGAUUUGAUUUUAUAUAAUUAUUGUAGUGUUUUAUUUCAAUUAUAGUUCAUUAUUUUGUAAAAAAAAAAAAAUUUAAAUAAUUAAUAAAGAUGAAACUUUGUACUUGAUCUAAUUCGUGUAUUUAAAUAUUAAAAGGAUUUUAAUAGUAGAGUUCUGAAUUUAAAUUUGUACGUAUUGCUUCUAUUUCUUGUAUUGUUGGUAUUUUGAAAUUACCUAAAUUUUAAACCAUUAAUUUAUUGUGGGUUAUAAAUUAUACAUUACAAAUUUUUGAGCAUUUUUUUUUUUUUUUUGGCCUCCAGUUUUUAUAAAGACUUAAAAUAAAAAGUUUCCAAUAUUUAUAAGAAAAUAUUGAUUUUUAAAAUUUAUUGAAAUUUUAGAUAGUUAUAAUUAGUGGUGAGCUAACAAGACUUUUUAAUAUUUUGAUCUAAUUCCAAAAUUCAAUGCCAUAUUUAUAAUUAUUAACCAUAAGUUAAAAUUAAAAUUAAUCGAUAUAUCUGUUGAAAAUCUGAUUUUUUACCUUUAUUUCAUAUUCCAGAGAUAUAGAAUAUUUUUCCCCAAAAAUAUUAAUUUUCUAAAUUCCCUAUAUCUGAUAAUCUUAGUACAGGGUGAUACAUGAUAUCGGCCAAUGCCACUCGCCUCUAAUGAUGACUACAGGGUGUUUCACCAAGAUAUACUAUUGUAAUAUCUCUGGAGAUAGUAAAGAUAAUAGUAAUAGAUAAUAGUAUUUUGUUUUUUUUUUUUAUAUUACAGGGAUUAAAAAAUAUAAAUAUUUAUUUUCAAUUAAUUUUUAUGCUUUGAAAAAAUAACUAUUUUAUUACCUUUGAAAAAUUUGAAGAUAUAUAUUUUAUAGAGUUAAUUUUUCUGAAAAUUUUGAUAUUAUUAACUUUUUAUUUUUAUUUGAUGUUUAAUCAUUUUUUAAAGUCCAGAAAAAGGAAAUGUAGUCAAUUAAUCAUAAUAAUAAUAAUCAAUUAGAGAUUAUGAUUACAUCCUGCUGCAUAAUUAAAGGUACUUUUCUCUAUUCUAAACUUUAAAAUAUUAUUGAAAAUCACUAAUUUAAUGAAAAUACCAAGUUGAUACGAUAACAAUUUUUAGAAGUUAAACUCUAUAAAAUAGCUAUCAUCAAAUUUUUCAAAAAUAAUAGUAUAAAUUUCGUUUUUUUUUAAAUGUUUUACCAAAACAUAAAAAUUAUAAUGACUUAUUGCAAUAUAAAUAUUUGUAGUCCUUAUCCCAUUGAGUAACAUAAAAAAUAAUAAUAAUUUGAUUAUCUUUAUCUUCGUGGGAUAUCUUGUAUAUAUGUUUUAUGAUGUUUUACAUUAUGUUGUACAUUUUGUUCAAAAAUGUUGUAUAUUAUUAUUGUUUUGUAAAAAAAAAUGGAUUGUCAUUUGUGUAUUUUUUGUGUACUUUAUUGCUUGGCCUACAUGAUACUAAUUUUAUCAGAUAUUUUAUUUGAGUUAUGACAUUUUCAUUGAUUAGUGCUAAGUCAUCAAUUGUUCAUUCUGGUGGAGCCAAGGCACACUGCAGUAGGUGUUCAUCCAAUUGACUUUCAUUCACAUGUAUCUGAUCCAUCUUACUAUCCUUAUUUCAUCAGGUUUACAUUUGUUUGGCUACUUCUGCCUUUAGCAUAUUUAUUAUCUUCCAGAUAAUCCAUGGUAGGUUUCUGGGUAACUGGUCAGCUUGCAGCUUUUCUGGACAAUUUUCUAAUAUGAGUUGGUCUGGCUCCUAGGUCAUAUUUUAAUUGGUAAUGAAACUUCUUCAUGAUUUAAUUUCCCUCAGUUAAAGUUUCUUUAUUAACAUAAAUUUGUUGUAUUGGAUAUUGUUUUUUUUGCCAUUUUAAUUUUAAUAACAUACCUUCCCAGUGCAUAAGUAAUAGUUUUCAAAAUUUUAGGAUUACCGUAUUCAUAUUUAUAAUAGAAAUAAAGAUGUCUUAUUUUUAUUUUAUUCAAACAAAGAAUCUACUUUUGUAUUUUUUCAUUUAACAAUCAUUAUUUUAAAGAUUAUUGAAUAAAUAUUCAAACUAAAUUUAUACUGAUAUUCAAGUUGAUUAUUUUAUUGUUGGACCAGCAAUUUUAAAUGAAUUUGAUUUCUGGUUUUAUUUUUUAAUCAUUAUGGAAUUGUUUAAGCUUUAUUUUAACACUGUUCAAUUUGUUACCUCUACUCCUUAUACCUGAAAUGUGUAUCCAUUUUAUAUUUUUAGAUAGCAACUUGUUCUUUUAACCAAAGAUUCAAAUAGAGAAUGUUUUUUAUUUUAAAUAAUAUUUUUUUCUGUUUUAAACUUAUAAUUUAUAUUUGGUAAACUUGAUAUUAGUGUUAUGCAUAACAACAUUUCUUUAAAAUCAGAAGUACAUUCUUAUUUAAGGCAUACAGAAUAGGGGUAAAAAAAAAUAUUUUUAAGAUACCGCUUUGUUAAAAAAAAUAGAAAUAAAAUUUACUUAAAAUCUUUCAAGAAAAUUGCUGGUAUAUAUAAAAAUCACCCUAUAUACAGGGACAUUCUUCUUCAUUCUUCUUCUUCAUCGGUUUUUUAAAGGUCAUUGAGGCCCAUUACCGCAACACAAACUUGCUUCCAUCUGUCUCUGUCCUGUGCUAUUGUUUCUCCAUCUCGUAUUUCAAUCUCUGCUAAAUUCUUCUCUACCUUGUCAAUCCACCUUUGUUUCGGCCUGCCAAGUGGUCUUUUUCCCUGGGGUUUCCAUUUUAAAACCUCUUUCAUAAGACCAUUUGACCUCCCAUGCCAUUCUCCUAUUUUUUAAUACUGCUACUAUGUCUGGCUCUUUAUAUAAUUGUUGUAUUUCUAUAUUAUUUCUUUUCUCAUAUUUUCGUGUCAUGUUAUUUAUUUUUGGCCCAAAUAUUCUUCUUAAUAUUUUUUUUUCUAGUAUUGCUAAUUUGUCUUCGUCUCCUUUAGUCGUUGGCCAUGUUUCACACGUAUAUAAAAGGACUGGUCUGAUAAUUACCUUGUAUAUUGUAAUUUUUGAUUUGAGUGAUACCUGUUUUGAUUUUAGUAUACUCGUUACUCUGUAAUAGCAUUUAUUUGCUGCAGUUAGUCUUAUUUUAAUUUCAUCGUGAUUAUUAUUUUUGCUAUUUAUUGUAACACCCAGGUAUUUAAAAUUUUGCACUCUUUCAAAUUUAUAAUUCUCAACUUCUAAAUUUUCCUCGUGAUUUUCUCGCCUAGAUAUUACCAUAUAUUUGGUUUUUCCUUCGUUUAUUUGUAAUCCAAUGUCUGCUGUUUAUUAUUAGUUCUUUGGUUCCUGUUUUGACUUCUUGACUGUCUGAUCCCAAUAUGAUAAUAUCAUCUGCGUACGCUAGUACUCCGCAUUGUCUUCUGUUCUCUUCCAAGUUUACCCCACCAUAUUUUUUUUGAGUUUUUCUAACUACCAUUUCUAAUGCUAUAUUAAAGAGUAUUGGGGGUAGGGAAUCUCCUUGUCGAAGUCCAGUCUUAACUUCAAAUUCAUCUGAUAUAUGUUGAUUAAAUCUAACUUUACAUCUGGUUUUAUUCAUACAUAAUUUGAUCAUUUUCACUAUCUUAGCUGGUCAGGGUAUACAAGGACAUUCAUCAAAUAAAAUUCAGACUGGCCAAAUUAGGUAUUAUAAUGUAAUGUUAAUAAUAUACUGAAUUUAUUAAUUUAAAAAUAAAAAUUGUUCCAUAAGUACAGUUAAUAUAAGGGAAAUGUUACCUAUUAUCCUCCCUCCCCUAAUGGAUGUCCAUGUAUGAAUAUAUAGAUGUAUAAUAUAGUAUUAUUAUAAUAUAUAAAACAAUUUGUAUAUUAAAAUGCAAUGUUUUUUUUAUAUAUUUAGCAAUGAAGACAAAGGAAAGAAAAGACCACAAAAAAAAUCAUUAAAAACAGCUAAACCUAAAAAGUUUUUUUUUAAAAGAGGACCUCGUACCAAUAAAAAGAUUGGCAUUACAAAUAGUGGUAACAAUUGUUUUAUGAAUGCUGUGUGGCAAGCAUUACGGUAAAUAUUAUCUUUAAAUGUAAAAGUUUAAAAAUAGUUGGAACAAACUGUAUAUGCUGACUCAAAAAUAUAUUGAAGUUUGAAACAAAAUAAUGUCAAUAAUGUGUGUUAAUCAGAGUUGAUCAUUAAGUGUGAUGGUUGAUUGCUGAAAUAAACCAUAAAUAGUAUCUGUAUUAACAGUUUUAUAAUUCCUUUUGUGUUUGUUAAAUAAAGUUCAUUAUUGUUAUGAUAUAUUCUAAUAGGCGUGUUGGAACUCUAAAAAAAUACCAUAAACUAAAAUUGGAUAGAUCACUAAGUAAUUUUAUAUGUUAAAAGUAAUUAUUACUAGAGAGUGAAUGUUCAGUUUAUUGCAGUGUUUAAAACUAAAAGUUUGUAAGAAAAAUAUUUUAUUUUUGUUUGUAGGUGUAUUUCAAAAAAAAAAAAAAACGUAAAGUUUUACUACAGUAAUUAAACUAAAUUCAUUUUAAUUUCAGACACAGACUGAACUUAGUUAUAUUUUAUUUUGAAACCUUUGAUAAGGGAAUUAUAAUAAGUUUCUCUUUCCAGAAUUUUUUUUAUCGUUCAUUAAUGGAUUACUUUUCUUUUUUGAAGAACUUAUUGUUGUAUAUUUUAUAAGCAAUUGGUGAUCAGCCAAAUUUUUUUCAAUAGACUAGUCAUCAUUAUUAAAUAAAUUUUUAAUUUAAAUGAAUUAGGUUCGAUUUAAACUAAAAUCAUACCUCCAGUCUCACAACUCUCCAGUCUCCACGUUGCCUAUAUAAUUUAGAAAUUUAUUUUAUUUUUAAUUUAAUUGUAUAAUAAGGUUUUAACAUUUUUGUUUUUUUAUAUUUUCUAAAAGUGAAAUUUUUCUAUUGAUUUAUUAAUCAAACUUUUCAAUACUUAGUAAUAUUUAAUUAUAUUUAGCACAAAUUAUUCUAUUAAAACUAAUUUUCAAAUAUAACAUAUUUUUUGUUCUGAUAUUUCUAUAACUUAAAUUAAUUUUGUUUAAAAAACUGAUAAUAAUUAAUAGUAUGGUUAAAAUUGGUUUUAUUUUUGUCUUAAAUUUGCUUUAACCUAUAAUACAAUUAUAAAUCAUUUUAUAUUUAUUUAAAAUAACCAUUAACCAUUUUCAUUCUAAGCCGAAUUACAUACAAUCUAAAAACAUGAUCUAAAAUAGUUUUAACCUAAUCAACAUAUUUAUUAUUUGUAUAAACGUUGUAUUAGUUUUAGAUUUGUUAUUAUACUAAAAUAAUCUGUGUUAUAAGUUUAUGAAAUUCAGAUAUUUUUUUUGUAUCGAAUGUGUUAUAAGAGUUUAAGAUAAUGUUGUUUAAAUGUGUAAACUUUUGGUUUAUAGUUAAAUAUUAAUGCUCUUGUAUUUUGGUUACAACUAUUUAAUAUUAUGGGUUAUAUGGAACUUGUACCAAUAACAUUAUAUAUAACUUUAUAUUUAUAUUAUAAUUUAUUAUAAUAAUAGAUUUAAUUUUACUACUUACCUUUCACGUAUUCAUAAUAUAUUAUUUAAUUCAAUUGAUUCUCAAAUUUCAGACACCUCAAACCAUUUAUUUACUGUUUGAAACUAUUUAAAGCCAGUGAUCUGCAGAAAUAUAAUGAAGAUCCAAAGAAACAACAAAGGUUUAUUAUAGCUGAAGAAUUAUUGAAACUAUUGAUUAGUUUGGUUGAUUGGCAAAAACCUCCUGGCUAUAAAUACAGAGAUGCAAUUUCACCAGUUGCUCUUCACACGAUUGUUUGCAAAAUUAAACCUCGCUACAAGUAAGUCAUUUAAAAUAUAUUGUAUAUAUUAUUCAUCAUAUAUAUACCUACAUAUAUAGAUGUAUUCUAUUGAAUAGAUCACCAAUUUUUAAAGUUAAUUAAAAUGUUUAUUGAACUGCUGCACCCACCACAAGCUAUGCUUUUGGGUAGGAUUAAAUAUUUAAAAUUCUUGUGGGUUAUUUUUUUGUAAUUUUUUGACAGUAAAUUAUUAGUAUUAUUUUGAGUGACAUCCACAGUAUUAUAUCUAAGUACUCUACAUUACAUAUUUAUAAAUUAAAAACACAAAUUUUUAAAUGCUAGUUUCUACUUUUAGUAUCAAAUGUUUUAAAAUAUAGAUGUUUUUGAUAAAUUAAUAUUUCCAAUAGUAAUAUAUAAAAAUAGGUUAGUUGUAUUUGUGGGAAUUUUUGGUAUUUUGGGAAUCGUGGAACAUAUUGGUCUUAAUUUUAACCUGGGAUUACUGAAUCAAUAAAUAAUUUUUAUUAGAUUUUAUUUAUUUUAAGUUAUUAAAAAGUCUGAUACUGCUGAUUGGUAUGCCACUAAUUUAGAAGGAAAAUUAAAAGUCAGGAUAUAUUAUAGAGCAAGAUAUAUGUACACAAAAAUAAAACUAUUAUUAAUAAAAACCGAUUCUGAACCGAGCAUUAUUAGUUGUAUUUUUAUGUCUUAUUGCCAAUGUGUAUGACCAGAAAUUAACAAAAAUUGUACCAUAUAUUUAUAGAUUUUCUAAUUUUGAAAUAAUUACAUUGAAAAUCAUAAAAUGUCCUUAACUCACCAACUUGCUAAUUUGCUACAAUAAAGUCAUUUAAAGUUUUUGAUUUAAACAAGAUUUCUGGUAGUAAAGUUUUUACAUAUAAUAAAACCAAUACAUUCCUCACUUUGCUUAGAAUCUAAAACGGAAAAAAAACCUAAAACAUAAGAUAAAAAUUAAAUCUUUGUAUACAUUAAAUAAUUAAUUUUUUAAAUUUAUUUAUUAACAAAUAAUAUUAUACAUUUAGGUGUAUUAAAAUUUUAAUAAUUUUUUAGAGGAUUUCAUCAACAUGACGCACAUGAAUUUUUGAUGUUUACAUUGGACACUUUACAUUCGGAACUAAGAGAUGAAAAAACAAGAUUAUUAUUAGAAAAGGGAAUAGUACAUGUUGAUCCUAAUCAAAUUGAUACACUUGUAUCUGUUAUGUUUCGCGGAUACUUAUUGAGUGAGGUAAUUAUGUAAUUUGAACAUACAUACAGUGAAUAUUGCCUUAUUACAUUGAGAGAUUUUUUUGUCUAUUCAAUAUUUAAUUGCUCUUUUAAGUUUUUUUGUUGCAAUUAUUAUUGUUUGGUUUUUGUAAGAAUCUAUUAUUAUUUUUUUAUAAUACAAUUUGGACAAUUAUAUUUUUAAAAUAUUUGUUUUGAUUUAGGUGUUCUGUUUAAAUUGUAAGACUCCUUCUAGGACAAAAGAUCCAUUUUCAGAUAUUUCAUUACAUGUUCCGGAUUUUAAGCCUAUUGAAAAUGAAUUGGAUCCUCCACAAGAAGACCUUUUAACAGGUAAGUUUAAAACAAAUUAAAUUUCUUAUGUUAACGAGGAUGUUUAUUACUAUUAAUAAUUACAUACUAUUAUUAAUGUUUAACAAAUGUCUUUCCUUAGAUUGUUUAGCAAGAUACAUUGAAGUAGAAGAGUUAAACGAAAAAAAUUUUUAUUUCUGUAGCAAAUGUGAGAGCCAACAAAAGUCCACUAAGAGAUUUUGGAUUAACCGUUUGCCUAAUGUAAGUUUUUAAAUGUGGUUACGUAGCAUUUGUGUUUUUAAAUUUUAGAUUCUGAUUGGAGCGAGAAUGUAUUGGUUUCACAAUGAUGUUUAUUUAUUUUUCUUGUGGACAACUUUUCUACCAGCGAUUUUGCUCCAAUUUACAAUUAUAGCAUUUUUUCUGAAAUGAAAUCCUACUUGGUGUGGUACCUUAUUUGGUACUCAUUUUUCAAUUUUCUAAUAAAUAGAAAAUAUAUGAGAAAACAGGAAAAUAGAUAUAAUAUUAUUAAAGAAAAUGUAUAAUUAUUUUACCAUAAUAUGACACAUACAUUGUUGACAAAGGAACCAUACUACGCUCAGAAUCCUUUUUUGUUAGCAAUGGUUGGUCAUUGCUUACAGAUAUACAUUCAAUUUCUCCUCUACUACUUUCCCAACUUCUCACCCAUAACAGUGGAUGUAUUCGUUCCCAUUAUUCUAGGACAGCUUUUUUAUUGUUUAUUUUAUUUAGGUACUUUGUCUACAUCUGAAACGGUUCAGAUGGGAUUCAACUUAUCGCACCAAAGUUCACACACAUAUUAAAUUCCCUAUGCAUUCAUUAGAUAUGUCUCAGUAUUUGGAUAGUGACAUGAAGAACAAUUUGACUAAAGAGGCGUCAUAUUUGUUUGAUUUGGUAGCUGUUGUUGUACAUGAUGGGGAAGGGUAAAUUUAACUCUACUUAUUAUUUAGAUAUAUUAUACCAUUAAUGACUUUUUGAUUAAUAAUUAAUAAAUUGCAUUUUCAGUGGUGGAUCUGGCCAUUAUACUUCAUAUGCUUUAGAUGAUAAAGAAGGUAAUUUGAGUUGUUUUUUUUUUAAUUUAAAACAAUUUUGACAUAUUAAAUCAAUUUUUUCUUGAUUAGGCCAAUGGUAUGAAUAUAAUGAUGAAAAAGUGCAUGAAGUUGAUGCAUCUUUGGUUGAAAAUGUGCAAGCAUAUAUAUUAUUUUACGUGAAAAAAGAGUUAAGGUUAAAUCUAAAUUUAUGAUUAUUGGAGAAUUUAAUUGAAAACGAAAUCAAAAAUAAGAUUUAUAAUCUUUGAUUUCAGUAUUCAAUAAUGGAUUCUAUUCUUUUUAGAACAUAUUUUCAAUGUAUAUAAAAGAAUAUCUAUUUUAAAGUAAUUUAAACAGUAUUCUUAUUAUUGUAUGUAUUUUCGUGCUUUGAAUUUUAUCACUGUAAAUAUUUGUUUGACAAUUUUUUUUCUAUGCAUUUUAAUUUAUGUUUUUAAUUGUAAAUUAUUUUAAUUAUUCACAUUUAAAUUAUAGGUCUUUUUUUAUUGAUCAUGUCUUGGUGUCUUUAAGUAUAUUUAAUUAUGAUCUCUGGAUUUAUCGAUCAAUAUAUACAUGAGUUAGUAUAAAAAAUAUUACAGUGUCCAAUAUCUAAAAUUGUAUAUCUUCUUUCUUUCAAAUUAUAUUAAAAUUAAUAAUUUGGAGUAACCUUAUAAAACUAUACAUUUUUAAUUUUGAAAAUUUUAAAAGCUGUAAUUAAUAUUUUCUCAUAAAAUUAGACAACUUAAAGAACUUAUUUUAUAAAUAUACAUUUUUCCUUUGUUACUACACUGCCAACUUUAUUUUUGUUUUAAUUUGGUUUUAAAUUAAUUUAUACUGUGAUCAAUGGAUUACUUUGUUAAUAACAUUCCCAAAGUUUAUUUAUGUGCUUAUCUAAUAUUACUUAUAAUUGAAUUAAUAGCUUUAAAAGUUUGAAUAACUGUUAAAUUAAUUGUGAUAAAUGGGUAUGCUUCCAUAUUCACUAUGUAAAUAAACAUAUACAAAUAAAAUUACGUAUAAAAAGUAAUAUAAAUUUUAAUGAAUAUUGCGUGAAAAAACAUUUUAUUCUUAAAAUAUUUUAAAAAUUAUAAAUCUUUACACUAAUUUUGUAUAGUAUAUAAUUAUCAAUAUUUUGUUCUUAUUAUUAGAAUGCAAUAUAUUUUGUAAGCCUAUAAAAUUAGUUUCAUUGCAAUCAGUUCACAGGAACUUGUUAUUCCAAUUAAAUGGAAAUUAUUUAUUGUUUUUCUAAUUAAACAUUUUACUUAAAAUAUCUUGUCAAUUAAAUAUUCUUCACAUUUGUUAAUGGAUAACUGUGGAUUUUUCAAUAAUUAAAAUAGAAUUAUUCUUAUGAUAAAUGUUUUAUGGAUCAAACAUUUUAAAUUCCAUUUAUUAUUUUAUAUAAUCAAGAACUGAUUAAUAAACAAUAUUGUUUUUUAGGAUAGCUAUUAAAUCCUAUUAAUUAGCUUUUAAAUGCAUUAAAAAUGCACAUUGUAAUAUAAGUGUAUAUACAUUUACAUUUAACAUGAACAGAUUUUGACAUACAUUUUUUAAAUGUUAACAAAUUUAUAGAAUAAUAAUUUUAAAUAUUAUCGUCUUUCUGUAUUUUUAUUUGAAUUAUUGUGUUCCUUUUAUCAGUUUUUGAAAAUACAAUUUUUCUAGUUUUAGUUUAAUAUUAUUUUUUCCUUGAUUGCUAAUUUUUGUAUUAUAUAUUUGACAAUUACUCUACUACUCUAUAAUAUAUUUUAUAUAUAUUAUUUUUUUUCGUUUGUUUUUGAAAUGAAUUUAUAUACACUUAUAAUGAUAUUAUGUUACACAUUAUAGUAAAAUAUACAAAAUAUCAUUAUUAAUUUUUUUUUUUUUUAAGUAUAAAUAAAUUAAAUUAAGUUUAUUGAAAAUAUAAAUAUAUUUUAUAAUAUAUACCAAAAUAUAAUCAUUUUAAUGAUAUUUUGCAUUAUAAAAGUAGAAUAGUUUUUAAUGAUAGUUGCAUUAUUUUAUGGGAUGUUGGUUGAUAAAUGCAUUUAAAGUUAUUCAU